AUGAACAGCUACAGAGACAGAGGGGUCACUUGCACCUCCUCGGACCUCCUGGAUGGAGUUGGAGGAGGAGGCGGGGGAGGAGGAGGAGGGUUACCCCAGCAAACUCCAUUUCGCCACACCCCUAAUGGCCACCCGGCUCCUGGACUCACAGACCCAGCCUCCCAGCCACGCAUCUCCGUGCCCAAAAUGGGUGUCCGGGCGCGGAUUGCGGAGUGGCCGCCCCGCCGUGCACAGUCCAGGGAGUCGCUGCUUGAAAACGGCCAGAUUGGCAACAAUCGCCAUGGAGAUGACGGCUCAAAUACAAUCUCCUCAUCAGUUUUAUCAUCGGACAUGGGGUUGGUGCGGGGAGGAGUUGCCAGGUUGCCAAAACGACGGUCCAAGGAUGUAGAGUUCAGAGGGGGAAUGUUUGGUGGUGAAAUAGGUUCACCUUUGAGCCUCAGGGUGUUUCCUCCAUUGAGACAACGCUCCAACAGUGAAGUCACUCUGAGCGAGCAAGAUGAGAAUGAGGUGAGUCGUUUUUAAUCCACUGUUACACAACAAAUAAACUACUAUUGAGUUCCACGUCCUAAACUUAACUGAACUCUUCUGCCUUUUCUGCUCCAAGUUGGAGAUCCGUGGAGGAGGCGGGAUGGGGACCUUGUUCAGAGAGUACGGCAGCACUUCCUCCAUCGACAUCCAGGGCAUUCCUGAGCAGAGCUUCUUCGAUAUGCUCAGCCAGUUCAACCAGGAGAGGCCUGACCAGCGUAGCUCAGCGCCUGUGCGCCUCAGGGAGCUGCUACGCGCUCCAGACUCCAGCACACCCCUUCCAUCUGCUCCCUCACCUGGUCCCAUAGGCGGGGACGACAGAGUGACAGGGAGGAAAGAAGGCGCUGAGAGAGUGAGAAAGAAAAGUGGAGGGACAGAGUCAUCACUAGGCACCUCCUCUUUGUUCAGGAAACUAAGGAGUUCCAGUCGUGGUGAGCUGGAUGGAGGUAAAGGAGAGACCAAUGAGGAUGGGUCCUCCUACAAACCGUGGGUUUGUCCUAAGAGCUUUGUCCACUUUGAUGCUCAAAGCAUCCUUUUUGACCUCCAUGAGGCAGCGGCUCAACGGGGCUACGCCGCCCAGAGGAGGAACACCGCCACCGGAGCAUCAGCUGCUUCAGUGUCCCUUUCAGUCUCUAGAUCCUCGGCUGUGAAUGACCCGGUUUACUCCAGCAUAGAAGACCUCACCCUUAGCCCCGACCUUGGCUCCACUACACCCUCUCUUGGCAUGGACCCCCUAGAUGGGCCUCCUGGAGCCCACAACUCGAGCCCUCUGCUCCUCUGCUGCCCACACUUCCUCAAUGAAACUGGGGGUAACGGGGAACGUAACAUCAGCUUCCUAAGCUCAUCGGCAGAGCGAGGAGGAGACGGAGGAGGGGAUGGACUGAGAGGAUGGCUGAGGAAGAGCAACGCUAGUGUCUCAGUGCUGGAGGUGCCUAUUGAACAGCAGGUUACGAGACUGGACCGACUGAAACUGUACAGCAUAGAGCAUGUGGACCUGGGGGCCAGGUACUACAGAGACUACUUCCAUGGCAAAGGUACGAGUGUGACAUAUUUACCUCACAGCUGAUAUAGAUUAUCAAGAAAAUGUGUUGUUUGAUGUUGAUACCAGCUGUGUUUGUGUACAUCUUAAGACUAAAACAUACAGGAUGCGUAUUUGGAGCGUGGCAGCAGCAUCGCGUAUCACACAUCAAAUAGGUUGCCAUUCUAAUCAAUGCAGCAAAGCAUACAGGACGUGUAUGAGCUCCGUCACAGCAUCGUAUUGAGAGCAGCACUGCUAAAGAUACGCGACAAGUCUAUUUUUGCUGCUCUACGCUUCUGAUACACGUCAAUCCACGCAGAGAAGAUUGUUCUAGACAGGAAUUCAAGCAUGAAAACCGUACAUGUCAUCCGGUAUUUCAAAAUACCAUAUGUGGACUCCCGACUCAUGCAGAUGAGAAAUACUUCCCGGUUAUGGAUUUAUCAGUAACACAGAGCAAUCCAAUCUGAUGGUCAAUCCCUGAUCCAUGUGGACCCCAACAGGACUUUUAACUGCUAACUCUGUCUGAAGGUAACAGCACAGCAUAAAGGAACAUAGUUUACUUUAUUAAACACGAGUAAACCUGCAAAAACCGAAAGUGUAAAAUCAUGUUGCUUUUUCACAUAUAGUUGAGGCUCAACGGUCACUGAAUUAUAUCCAAAUUAGCAGGAAAUCAACCAAAGAAAGGAAAAACAACCUGUUGUGAGCAUGUUGAUUCCUCUAUACUGAGCCCAGACGACCAGGGCUGCACUACGGCGCAAAUACGGAACGCGGUCUAUACGGAUCCUUUAUGUUUUCAGCUUUACAGAGUGAAAUAUGUUUAAAAGAAGUUAUCAUGUUUUUGUAAUAUUGCAGGAAUGCACUGCUUACACAGAUCUUAUUCCAGUAAGAGAUGCUUAUAACAGGAGCAAAACAGCAGCAACUGUAACAGACUUGCACAAGUGGGCAAGAGACGAUUUCAUUUGCAUGGCACCUUUCAAAAACUAACCAAUUCAAAUCGCUUACGCAAGUCAGAAAAACAGAUAUUACUGGUGCAAAAACACUGCAGACCUUUUAAUUGCCUUGACUUAAAUAAGAUCUAACCUGUUGGUUUUAUGGAGGCUGUAGGUCAUGGUAUCGGUUCAUCGGUUCUGGAUUUGUGGCAGUAUAGAAGCCUGCGUAUUUGUAUCAUCAUCGGUGAAAAGAACAAACACUUUUGGCUCUGGACCUUUUUCACACUUCAACACUGAUCUGAUCAUGUAACUCUGGGACUAUGAGUCAAUACUGGAGACUCUCUUUGCACAUUUUGCAAAUCAGUCAAAAAAUUCUACAAGGAAAGAAGAUUUAAAGCAGAGUAACAGGAACUGGAUAUAAUCCCUGUAAGUUGCUUUUACAGUGUUUACUUUGAUCCCUUUCAUUCUCAGAUUUGGACCCCUCGCUGUUAUCUAUCUGUGUGAAUUAGGCAGCCUGCAUAUCGUCUCUUCAGUGUCAUUUACCACAUUUCAUCUUGUGGCGGUUAAUAUCCAGCUGGGCGGGGGCAAAGCAAGGGGCCAAGCUGGCAAAGCUCCCAGAGGUUUUAUUACACAUGUACCUGCCUCUGGACUGUUGGCAGACUUUAAGCUGAUGAUACACCACCCGCCGUUCCGCACCAUCACAAGUACCACUUAACAACAUCCGCCAGAAGCUUUGUCUUACAUCUGGUUUUAGUGUCAGGUAUAACACCUCACCCACCUCACCUCUGAGUGAUGUGUGCCCGUCUAUCCGUGUGUUCAUUCAGGCCUUUUUUUUUUUUGUUCCCAUCACCUCUUCAGACAGUGCGGAUGAAACUUCUCCUCGGCGGAGCAUCAUCUGGCCUCUUCCUAAUUAAUGACAGAUGCCGUGGAGCACUCGGGUGCAAGCGAGCAUGUGUGUGUUUGAGAGCGAGCAUGCGAGAGAGAGAGGGAGGCACAGGCCUGCAGCCACACAGAUAAAGGUUAUCGUUCCAAAAAUAUGUUCAUCUGCUCACUCGUUUUCAGCGUAGCCAUCCAAGAGGACGUAGCUGUGAUUGUGUACGUGUGUGCGCGCAUUAGUAAGCCUCGUCAAAAAGCUGACAUUUUCACUACAGGACGUGGCGUGGAAGCUAAGCAGGUAUGGGUCUCCUUCCGAGCAUGUUCACUGACCGGGUGGGGGAUGGAGGAGAAAUACUUGUCAAGCUAGAUUCCUCCCUAAGUGUUUGGAGCGUUUGUCUCUCUCCUCCCUCUCUGCCUGAAGCGUUCUCAUUACUUCUGCUUUUGGAGUUUUGGAGCUGAAGACGUGGGCAGUGCAAAAUUUCUGAAAAUUGUUUUCAUUCAUUUCGUUUUAAUUUUAUUUGCACGGUCGUGAUCCUGCGGUAUGCUACAAACAAACAAAUAUUUACAAAUUCUUGCAGACACCAUGGCGAGAAUACAACAAAAGUCACUCAAACAAUAAAAGCUCUAUAGAAAGGCAUGUCGUUUACAAAUGAGGAUUUGUCUCUGAUUAGUAUAACAAAAUGAGUUCAUACACAAAGGAAUGGGUUUUAUAUGAAUCAUACUGAAGUGAACUUGUAUACAUUCUUUCACUCAAACAAAGUGUAUCCCCCCCAAAUGGCUGUUAUUACAAACAUUACUGAUCCCUGAUUUGUCUGAAGCGCUGUCUACCUACAGAGCCAAUUAGUCCAGUUCAUUCAUCAGUCAUGAUUGUACACAUUCAAGUUUCUUCACAGUUCUUUCAUAUAGAGCUGAUCUGUAUUUAAUUAUAAAGUUUUCUCUUAAUGUCUUCAAAGUACAUGAUCUCAUUUCCACUAAUGUUCAUGUAUCAAACUAUAGAUUUGAACACUAAAUGAAUGACCACCUCACACCCCACUCUGAAUCUCUCUUUGUUCUUCACCAGAGCACUCAAACUACUUCGGGACAGAUGAGAAGCUGGGCGCUGUGGCCGUGAGCAUCCGCAGGGAGAAACUGGACGACACCAAAGACCUGAAGGACCAGUAUCAGUACCGGCUCAUCGUCAGAACCAGCGAGGUGUGCACUGUUCUUUGUGUAUUUGUGUGUCUGUGUUUGUUUGAGGACACUGAUGAGUUGGUAUGAGUGUGCACUCUUAAAGGGAUAUUAAAAGUAAAAUUAAGUUCGGGUCAAGCACCUUAACUUUGAGUUAGACACCCUGUCAAGAGACUAAUGUUGCAGACCGCUUGCUUUUCUAGUUAUAUCAACUUCAGUAACAACCGCAGGAUAGCAAAAAACAGUGGUCCCAGGAGCCACGCGUUCCACCAAAAAGCCACUCUAUAGCCACAAAUAAUGCUCAGAACAGCACCUAACUUCAUCAACAGUACAUAUAGGGUCCCAGUCAUAGCACUAACCACCAAACAUCUUUUUAGCUCUGCCUGUUUUCUUUAGCAAAGAGACGAAACACAACUCACCUACUCUCGUCCAGCAGACGCUUGUUUGUACAGAGGUCUCAGGUGAGUCCAUAACUGGAGCGGGGGCACGUAGCUCAAGGAAGAACAUUUAUGAUUAAUUCUUCAUGGAAAUGCAAUCACACCAAGAUGUUAAGGCAGAGGAACUACUGCGUCUGCAGAGCAAAAUGAUUAAUAUGAUGAUUAUUACUUCAAGGAAAUGAUAAAUUAAUGAUCAUAAAUGUUCUUACUUGAGCUGUGUCACCCCGUUCGAGUUAUGGACUCACCUGAGACCUCUGUACAAACAAGCGGCUGCUGGACGAGAGUAGGUGAGUUGUGUUUAGACUCUUUGCUAAAGAAAUAGGGCAAAGUUAAAAAGAUGUUUGGUGGCUAGUGCCAUAGCCGGGACCCUAUAUGUACUGUUGAUGAAGUUAGAUGCUGUUCUAAGCAUUAUUUUUGUCUAUAGAGUGGCGUUUUGGUUGAGGUUUGUUUAUGGCUCCUCAGACUGCUGUGUAUUGCUAUCGUGCAGUCUAGAAAAGCAAGCGGUCAGCAACAUUCAUCUCUCGAGGGGGUGUCUAACUUGAUAUAUUCCUUUAAGGUUAGUCCCUUACCUGCUUUCAUUUUACCCAGCCUACCUGUGUCUCUUCUCACCCUCUCUCUGCCCUGAUUCUAACCUCCCCUCCUCACCCCCUCAAACCCUCAAACCCUCAAACCCGCUCUCUGCCAGUGGAAAAUUCCACCUGCCCGUUCUGAGCGCAGAAAAGCCAAACCAAACACUGGCUGCUCUGCCCAAAGCAUUUGGCUGACUCUCAGAGGGAGCACACCCAACCACUUUUCCACUCUGAUGGAUCAAAUACUCUUAAUGCAUUAAGUGAUGGAUUGGCGGUCAUGGUGAAUCAGUUAACGAGCUUUAAGAUCUUUUCAAAGACUCAACUACAAAGAAAUUAUUCAUAACCAUCAACUUUCAGAGCAUCAAACACUUUUCCUGAUCUGAAGAUUGAAGAUUUAUUUGAGUUUCCAUUGAAGAAGAAAAAACAAUUUUCACCAUUUCUUCUUUUUUUAAAUGCAGCUUUUUUUAAUCUGAUGUGGUUUGUCCUGAUUGUUAAAGAAAACCAGAUAUAGUUUGGUUGUUUUACAAAUCAUUUGCUUUUCUCUCAGUUCUUUCUGUCUCAUCUGUUGGGGUCAGGGAGGUCACUGUCACUUUGACCUACUUAGUACUCCUGUAGCACCUGUCCAUCAUUCCUGAAGUCACUGCUUUAACAAACAGCAAAGUCUGCCGCUCUUCUUUGUGUACAUGUAGUGUCUUGCUCGGUAUUGCUGCUGCUGCCGUGUUGUUUUUAGCAGGAUUUCAUGGCUGCCUGGCCUCAUCACCUUAGCUCUGCAACAACAAAAGAGCUUCUCCGCCAUCUAAGUACACAGAGCUCAGCUAACACACACACAGCUAGCACGCCCGAGCCUGUUGUUCCCACACGGAAUAAAAAAAGAGAUUGAUUGCAGACUUUAUACUCCCCCAUUCGAGCAGCAGCUGCUCUCAAAUAUCCACCGCCCCAAAGUCCGUCAUUUAAUUCUGUGCAGCAGUGCUGACACAGCAAGGUGGAGGGACUUUCGCUGUCUUCGAUUCUCCCCCCUUCAUCACAUUCUUGCGCUCGCAUUCCUGGCCUGCAUGUCACAGUCGCUCACUCUGCUGUCGCACUCAGGCUGACGAGCUAAAACGACAGCUCCAUAAUUUACAGCUUGGUGUCAAUCAGGCUUCAUGUCUGUGAGAAACACCAGAGUCUCUGAAGUUUAACUGUCUCUCCGGCCCCUGCCAGCUCCAGAGUCUGACAUGCAUUUUUAAUGAAGCCGUGUUUGUGUAUGUGUGCGAGUGCAGCGAGUGGGAACAGUCUGCUCCCCUCUCUAACUGUAUCUCAGGUUAUUACAGUCUUACUGUUUUGAAGCAGGUCAAUUUCCUCUCACCGGGGAGCAGCACUCUGUGGCGGCACAAUACUGAGCAGAAUAUUAAUUCACAAUACUGCUCAACUUCAGAUCAUACACACAGGGCACCUUCACUGUGUGUGUGUGUGUGUGUGUGUGUUUGACAGGGAGAGUAGCUUGAGGGCAGCGGUGCACUUUUAUGAGUGGUGAGACCAUCCCUCAUCUAAUGGACCCACAUUAAGCUUCCAGGCUACUAAUCAUCCUACCUCCAUUUGCAGAGGCGAGGCUCUUGAGCUAAGCCGCACCCCUGACCUGAUCAAUAAUAUUUCGACAGUAUUUUUAUUGUGUUUUUACAGGUGAAUCAAAGAAAAAUCAUAUUUUAUGGGUGACAUAGACACAGUGUUGACUAUAAACAUGAUACACAACUAAAAUAUGCCCAAAUUAAAAAAGAUUUUACUCAUACAAUCAAAGGGCGAGGAUCAGAGAGAGUUCAAAAUGAAAAUUUGUGAGUAAACAUUUAUUUUGAUGUAGGGAAAAAAGUUUAAUUUCACUGAAGAAAGGGAAGAAAGAGAGCACACGAAAGUUGAUCUAUGCAGAGGGAAAGUGAAUGUAAAAGAAGUUGACUGAUAAAUAACCAUAUUUUUUUGCACUAUAAGGUGCACCUGAUUAUAAGGCGCACCAUCAACGGACGCGUCUAUUUUCAUACAUGAGGUGCACAGGAUUAUAAAGCGCAUUAAGCCAAACAAAACAGUCAGAUAAGUCAAACUUUAUUUAACUCAUUCAAUAAUUCCGCGAGGCUACGAUAGCUGCAGUGCUCCGACAAGCCGAAAGGAUUCUAAGUGCGCCUUAUAGUGCGAAAAAUACAGUAUAUAGGAGGACAUUAUUCUUUGUUUUUAAGAUAAGAUAAUAAUAAGAACUUUAUUUAUCCCAGAGGGGAAAUUUGAUAAAUGCAAGAGGAUUUUUGUUUUUUGAAGUGAUUAAAACACAACAGAAGCUUUUAAAUAGACUGAAACUAAUACUCAUGCCUCUUUAUGACCUUCAGAAACAAAUGAGACCAUCGGUAACAAGGCUGAUACUUUCUUUUUUCAUCAUUUGUAAUACCUGAAACAGUUGAGGAGGUAGAUUUUAGACCAUACCCUUGACAGCAGACUGAAGAAGAAACUGUCUUUUGUACUUUUUCAAUGACUGUUACUCAAAAAAGAUGAGAGUUUGGUCUGAAAACACUCCCACAUGUACUUUAACCAGAUGAGGGUUAAUGUGCCAAAUGUUUUAGUUCUUUUAAACAAAUAAUUUCCUCUUAAUUCUGCACCAAAGAGACCUUUUGAUUUUUUAAAUUUUGAGUAUUUUAACUUGAUUAAACUCUGAUCCCAGUUUAACAACUUCACUCCUCUCUCCACAUGCAGCUUGUGACCCUGCGAGGUUCCAUAUUAGAGGACACUGUUGCAUCUACAGGAAGGCACGGCACAGUGCGGGGCCUGCCGCUCAAAGAGGUCCUGGACCAGGUCGUCCCCGAGCUGAAUGUCUCCUGUUUAAGACUCGCCAUCAGCACACCCAAAGUCACUGAGCAGCUCCUCAAACUGGAUGAACAGGGGGUGAGUUCUGCGUCUGUACGUAAAGAUGUCUGCUUCUGUUCAUCAGUGAGGAGAGGUCAGGCUUGUUGAAAGGAGCGGUCAGCAGAAUGAUAACUCAUGAGGUUGCACUGUAGGGUUUGGUAUGCCAUGAUAGCCUAUUAUAAAGUUUCUCUUAUCUGUAUGACACAUUUAACGAUGGAGCAAAGGACGAAGUCAGACUGUGGGCAGAAAGCUGAGUGAAGCAGGAAGGGUGUGGUUGUGUUUGAGCAUGAGUGUGCAACCAUAAAAGCUUUAAUGAUUAGCCAUUUUAUCUCACCUUAUUAUUUAAUGGAGGAUGAAGUGCAAGCCUGGGUGUGUCUUUUACUAGCAGUUGGUCUGUUUGUGUUUGUGCGGGCGGUUUAAGUGCAUCCAGAUAUACAUUAUCUUUAACGUUUGUCACUGAGAUGCCUGAAAAGCACAGACACUUCUGUCGACUGUGGCGGUGUAAGUAAUGAAAACGUUAUCUCUCUCUCUCUUUUCUGCCUCCUAGUUAAGUCAGAAGCACAAGGUGGGCGUACUGCUGUGCCGCGCAGGCCAGAGCACAGAGGAAGAGAUGUACAACAACGAGGAGGCGUCACCCGCCUUCUCCGCCUUCCUGGCGCUGCUGGGGGAACAAGUGCUCCUCAAAGGAUUCACCAAAUACGCUGCACAGCUUGACACUAAGAGUAAGGCCUCACAACUGCUCCUUUUAGGACACUGUUUACACUUCUUUAAUGUGUCAGCAUGUGUCGGUCACAUGUGUGAUUAAGCACCUGAGUCACCGUGAUAAUCUCUGUCGCACAUGUCCAAAACCACGCUCUAAGUAUUUUUUAUUGAGGCUAAAGGAUCACCAUCACAAUUUUACUGUCUCCGGUUUAAUAUUAUAAAUGUACCACCUGAUCAUCAUCUUCUUUGCUUUAAGUAAAUCCAAUCAGUUAAAUUAAUUUUAAAACCAUGUGAGUGAGUCUGUUGUCUCUGUUAUCUUGCGGUUAGCUUCGAGUAUACACAUGUUGUUCAAGAUGAAUUAUGUGAGGAGACACAGAAGUUAAAUCAGAUUCCAGAAGUUUCUCUCUAUACAGACACUCAAAAAGAAAUAGAUUUGAAUAUUAACAAUGAGAGGAAGAGGCUGGGUUCAUAGGUAGUUAUUAACGUUGAAUCCUUAAGGGCACGGUGAGCCGUCCGCUCUCUUCCCCAUUUUCAUGCUUGAAAAAGCUGCAGGAACAGUUUCUGUAGAAGACAUCCGAAGUUCAAAACCCAGAGAUGAAACCACAUGUAAGUUCACAUGUGACACUUUCCUUUGUGUCUCCAGCGGACUCUACGGGCACCCACUCCCUCUACACCACCUACCAGGGCUACGAGGUCAUGUUUCAUGUGUCCACCAUGCUGCCCUACAUGCCCAGUAACCCCCAGCAGGUAAGAGCUUCCAGGCAACCCCAAUCCACAUCCAGCACUUUCACCUUCGCCCGUCAGAUGGCUUUUUCUGUGGAUGGGGAACACAUCCACAUCCACAUCCAUCCACAUCAAUCCAUUUAAAGUCUGCCUGUGGUUACUCCUUAAAAAAUUUUCCAGUUUGCUGCCAGUUGUAAACCACGGCGAGAAGUCUCCAAGUGGAAAUUCAUGACUUGCACCUCCUUUUCAUUUCGAGUCUUUUUCCUCUUUUAUUUAUUGCUCGUGUCUUUUAUUGUCUUUGUUCUGCGUGUUUUGACUUUUCCGUGCUCUCUCUUGCUUUUUAUUUGCUCUCUCUCUCUCGCUCUCUCUCUCUCUCUCUCUCUCUCUCUUCUCUCUCUCUCUCUCUCUCUCUGCCUUUCAUUCUUUAACUGGAUCAGAGCUGGGUGGGGUUCAGUAGUGAGUAGUUUCUUUAUUUUCUCCCUCUUUUUUUUUCUAAACUUCUCUAAAUAAAAAAGCCGUCCCACACAAUCUCCUGGGUGCUACUCUGUGUUUGCAGCGUGGGCUGCACCGUGUGAGUGACCUAUGUGUACGAUAAUGCUCUUUAUGUGGGUACUUUUUAAUAGUUUGUGUAAGUGUUGAAAUAGAAGCUAAACACGUGUGCUCAGAUUAUUGUACACACUUGGUCAUGUGUCGGCUCCUCACCACAGAUAACAUUUGCUUUUCUACGAAGUUAUAUGAUGUAACUUUUAUCACCUUACUAACAGAAAUUGUUUUACAUUGUAAAAAGCUGUUCGACUGUUAUAUCAUUUCAUUAAGCAACACAAAAAUGUGACUUUGCACCCCCUCAAUAGAGUAAGUGAACUUUCUCUGUAUAGGCUGUAUCAUUAUCAGCGUUUGAAUCAAGAAGUUCACGAUCAAAAGUUGCACAAUAACUCCAUCCAGAGGUUCGGAGACCAUAGCAGCAAGAACGUUUAUUUGCUCAGAUGAACCUCUAGAGGGCAGCAUCUGACAUGACAAAAACCUGCAGCGGACGAAAGAGAACAGCAGGAAUGAAGAAAAGACAUAAACACGUGAAAAAUCAUGCAAAGAAAAAGCAGGCCAGCGAAUCCUUUACAACCACAGAAGGAAAUGAUACUUAGAUCGUCUAUGUCAGGUCUUAAAGAUGCAUACUCAACAGCCUUUCCUCUGCAUUCAUCCGCUCUAACAGAUACUCUUCAUGUUGUCAGGUCAGUGAGAGUCCUUUAUAUAAAAGUGCAGUCUCAGUAUAUGUCCAGGACACUCCUGUGGCAUCAUGCUGCAGAGUGUGCAUCAGCGUCCAAACAGUGGGCUGGAUUACAUAAUCGGUACUUUCACACUUCUCUCUGCAGAUGAAGAGGGAAUUGGCAGGCACCACACCACAGACACACACAGCCUGGACUCUGCACCGUGUCUCCUACACAAACACAGAGAGACAGACAAACCGGCGUGCACACAGACACAGAUAGCCCACACAGAAUCUCACAGAAACAAGUUACAUAAAGAGCUGUUGCUUGGUGUCUCAAUCUUUCAUUUUCCUUGUCAGACUUGUUAAAAUGCAUGAUAUCAUUUCAAAAAUUUGUCUUUUUUUGUUUUUUUUUGUCUCUCCUGUCCUCUCAGCUCCUGAGAAAGAGGCACAUAGGCAACGAUAUUGUCACCAUCAUCUUUCAAGAGCCCGGAGCGCUGCCUUUCACUCCUCAAAACAUUCGCUCACAUUUCCAGCAUGUCUUUGUUAUUGUCCGGGUGCACAACCCCUGUUCAGAAAACACCUGCUACAGGUAAAUGAAACAGAAGAAGCACCUUUAUAAUCACACAAACAUGGAAGAGAAUCGAUACUCAUACUGCAGCUCUUUUACUUUCAGUGUUGCUGUGACAAGAAUGAAGGAUGUGCCUCCCUUCGGUCCCCCCAUCCCUAACGGCGUCACCUUCCGAGACCCAGAGACCUUCCGUAACUUCCUCCUAGCCAAAGUUAUCAAUGCGGAAAACGCCGCGCACAAGUCAGAGAAGUUCCACACUAUGGCGACACGGACGCGACAGGAGUACCUGCGCGACCUGGCUGAAAACUGCGUCACCAGCACGCCCCUUGACUCGGCCGGUAAACUCAACAACCUCAUCUCCCUCGCGUCCAAAAAACGCGAGCGGUCCAAAGCGAGAGAGGGAGCGGAGCUGGGAGCUGCAGGAUCGGUGGCCUGGAGGGUCCAGGCCCAGGACUUCAGUGGAGGGGGAACAGAGCUCCCCUGUGCCUUGGGUUUGUCCGCUGAGUACAUUCUCCUUUUAGACUGUUCUACCAAAGAGGUGGUAUUUAACUGUUUCUGCGCUGAUGUCAUCGGAUGGACGCCGGAGCGGCUGGCGUUGAAAAUCUUUUACGGCAGAGGAGACCACAUUGCUGUGCGGGUACCAGAGGGCUGUGCUCAGGACAUCAGGGAGAUGGUGCAGAGGUUAAAGGUGAGAGCUUGUCUGGGAACGAAAGGAGAUGAAAGUUUAAAACUUGGUGGCUUUAUAGUCACUGAAGUAAGGAGUUAUGGUCUGAUAAUUCAGCAUUUCAUAUCCAUAUUACUAAGGAACCUCUAUCAUAUUCUAAAGCAGAUCUGGGCAUUUUACGGCCUGAGGGCCACAUCCGGCCCUUUGGAUGUCUCUGCCCGGCCCUUCGUGAGGUCCAUUAGUCAAAUCAUCAACAUGCUCUAGAUCUGCAUUCGUGAACAGAGUCAAGUUUAAACAUCAGCAAAAUAUUCGUAGACGUCUUAAAGUUGCCAAGUCUGCUUAUUAUAAAAGAUUUUAGGCUUGUUUCUCUCAGAAGUUGCUUGUAAAACUCAUGAGUCCCGGCUGCGCUUUUUUUGGGCUUGUUUUUAACUAGUAGUUGCUUAUUUGGGCUUGCUUUUCUGUAUGUGUGAACCCCCCUGAUUUGUAGUUGAAGUUAUCGUUGGUUCGGCCCUCCAACACAGUUCAGGUUUCUCAUGUGGCCCCAUGUAAAAAUGAAUUGCCCACCCCUGCUCUAGAGUCUCUAUUUAAUAUAUGGGAACAUGAUUUUUCUACAAUUCAGCAAAAACGACUUUUAAAUAUUUCUAAACUUACACCUGGGUUUAUUAGUUUGUUAACAUAAACGAACACAUGCAGACUUUCUGUGCAAACCCUUUAACUCUUUUUUUUUCUAUGAAGUUAUGCAACAGCAUCCACUAGCUGAUGAGAUAUUUAAUUUUGGGAUAAUCCCUGUAAAAUUUGAUGAAUUAAAUUUGAGCAGCAGGAGAUUUUCCGAACUCCAGUGAACUCUUUUAAUAAUCCAACCAAAAAAAUUAAAAUGAGUUAAUCUCUCUAAAACUACAUCCAUGCUUGGAAAGUGUCAGAAGAUGUCUGGGUGGACUGUAACUGGUGAUCACUUGUUUCCCUGUGUGCCUAUCGAUGUUAUCAUUGAUGGUUAUCAGUUAAUUAAAGGCUGACUGUCUGCUAUAGAUUGUUUUCAUGCACACAGAAAGAAAAUUUAAUCCAACCAUCUAUUUCUAUCAAUUGUAUUUCCUCUCUUCAACAGUCGUUGACCGUGGGAUGUGAGACCGUGGAUAUGACUUUGAGAAGAAACGGACUGGGACAACUGGGCUUCCAUGUUCGCCUGGACGGCACUGUGGCCGAGGUAACAAAAGAAGGCCAUCUGCUCUGCCGGGUCUGCCCUAAAAUACUUCUCUGUGAAGAUUCUUGGCCGCACAUAUCCGUCCUUUUUGAAGGUAUUUUUGUGUUUUUCUCUCCAGGUGGAGGAGUACGGCUUCGCCUGGCAAGCGGGACUAAGACAGGGCAGCCGAUUGGUGGAGAUCUGCAAGGUGGCUGCAGUGACGCUGACACACGAGCAGAUGAUCGACUUGCUGAGGACAUCGGUCACAGUGAAAGUGGUCAUUAUACCUCCGUAUGAAGAAGGAGGGCCUCGCAGGUGUGUUCAGCGGGCGCGCCGUGUUUCUUUGAAAAGGAGUUAAUGAUAGAGGGUUGAUUUUUUUGGAUACAGAUGUUGAGUUAGGACGCGACUGCACAGGUGGGCACAGAGUGUGAGCAGGCAGGAGUGGAAAGAUGAGAGCGAGCGCGGGACACUCCCCACACCAGUGCACAAAAGCAGGAGAGAGAGAGAGUGGCGAGACUCCAAUGUUCUGAGAGGAUUCUGUGUGGGAGUGUGUGAAAGGAGGAAGCGAGCGAACGGAGUGAAAUAACGGCGUGGGGUUUAGGAGGAAACAGGCGAAACGCGGGCUGGAGACAAAAAAGAAAGAGCUGCAUUGUUUAAACGCGAAUGCUUCUUAUCUUGUCAUCUCGCGAAAGCUCACCGUUGCAUUGUUUCCCCUUUUUUCCCACAAUCCAUUUCUUCUCUCCUGCAGUCUUCCUUCUUCAACCUUUAAUCUGCACACAAACGGCCUUGACAGGGAACAGAAUAACGAGGCCUUGUGAGACACUGAUUCGGUGUCACAGAACGGUUACAGAGGUGAAGAAAUAACCACAGCGUGUGCGUCUCUCUGACUGAGACCAGGGCUCCUAAAUACAGUAAUCGUGCCUCACUGUGUGAUCGCACAGCGGUUAGAUUUCUUUAAUGGUAGAGGCAGUUUAAUUACACCAAGUUAAAUCCCUAUGACACGCACACACAUGGAAACACACACACAUUUACACACAUUUCUCCCUCUCUCUCUCUCUCAAAUAGCAGCUGAUAAUUAGAGUCUUGUAUCCCCCCCGUCCCUCCCUCCCUCCCUCCGUCCCUCCUCCCUCCUUUCUCCCUCUCUGUCUCUCUGAUUCUGUGUGUGCCAGGCAAGCAGAUUGCAUGAGAUUAAGGCCUGAAAUCUGCAGGAGAAAAAAAAAAAGGAGAGAACAAUAAUAAAAAUAAAUAAAUAAAUAAAUCAGUGGAAGUGAUUAAUUAAAAAUGCAUGCCCUGCGCGAAUAAAAGCAGGACUGAAAAGAGGGAGGGAUAAAGAGAUAGCGAGAGGGGCAUGGAUGAGUGUAUUUAGCUCAAGAGGCAGAGAGAUGAUUGGCGAGGAGGACGCGUUUCAACAGAGGGAGAGAAGUGGGUGGAAGAGAGAGAGAGAGAAAGGAAGAGGAGAGAGAGAGGAAGAGGAGAGAGUUGGAAUUGCUUUUCGUUUCCUGUUCUGAAUCCACCGCGCACAUGCAAGAUGGACGCAUACAGCGGAGGAGAGGUGUGAUGCUGUAGUGUGCCUGGCUCGGCGUGUGUGUGUGCGCGCGUGUUCAUGCGUGCGUCGGAGAACUCCGCCAGUGUGAUGGUAGAAACGCCGCACAUCAACAUGUGUAGGCUCCGCUCACUCUGAGGUCUGUACGAGCUUUUUGUUGCGCGAGUAUGUGUGUGUGUGUCAUGCUUUGUGCAUGUGCUACUGUUGUGCAGCAGCUGUAUUGAUCAUGAUUUGUGUUGCGUUGUGUUCACAUUUGGCGCGUCAUUAUACCUAUGUUAACACACUGUCAUCAGUUUUCUACUAUUUAUGUGUCAUAGCGACACGUUACUGCAUGUGUGUGUGAGUGUGUGUUAUAUCCACGUGUAAAACUCACUCAGAUAGAUGUCGUCAUGUGACCAAACCUCAUACAAGAGCCAUGCAAGAUUUCUGCUCCCGCUAUAAUAUAGUUAAGGUUAAUUCAGUUAAGCGUAUUCUGCAGGUGUUUUGAAUGAAGCCGUCUGUAAAGGAAAUAAGCCAAUCUUCACUUAGUUAUUUAGCCAUAAAAAGGAAAUUCUUAUUUGUUUGUUGUACGAAGAUUCAGAGGAAUCUGCUCCAGAUGUUUAUAUUUCUACUCGUACUCCAGGUUGAUGUUUGGGUUAGAGAGCAAACUAAUACUUUCAGGCUCUAAACAGCUGGUCAAAACGAUUAUAUAAUGCAACAUCCGUAAUAAUGUCACAGGAGGUUUGGGGAAAUUGUCUCCCAGAAAUGUUGUUGGUUUUGUUUAUUUGUUUGUUGGUUGGUAGACCACAUGAUUCAAAAGACAAUGAUUACCCGAUGCCCUAAUUUUACAAAUCAGCCUCAUUCAGUCUCUGCUGCCUUUUAUGGUUUUAAGUCAGGAGGCUUUUGUGCUCCCUGUCUCCUGUUUUACAACUCUGAUUUCAUUUUUCAGUGUUACUCCGUUGCUCUUGUCGCCCCUUUUCUUUCUUUCUUUCUCUCUCACUCCCUCUUUCUCUUCCUCUUGGCAUUUAUCACAUCUUGAACACAUCCCUCAUGCAUAUUUGAUGCCUCCUGCCCCGCUGUAAUAGCCUGUUUGAAUGAAAUAAUGAUGAUGUGUAAAAGAUACGUGCUGGGUAUACAGUAGAGGCCACUAUGAGUCUGAGAGUCGACUUGAAAUACCUCCAGAUUGGGGGUGGGGGGUCACUUCGACUUUUUUCUGCCCUCUUGAUUCAACAAACCGUCCUCCGUCUGUCUGUUCAGGGGCUGCACAGAGGAGUAUGAGAUGAAGACGAUGGAGCAGAAGCCAGAACCUGAGCCCCUGGCUGUAGGCUACAGACCCUCACCUCGACCGACAUGGAGAUGGGACAGUCCUCCCAUUCCUCCGGGGCUCCACAGUGCGCCUAACCCACAGCGCUGGGCCCCCAUGGGUCCUCCGCCUCCUCCACUGCCACGCCCGCACAAAACCCUGAUGCCUGUUCCCUACAGGGAGCCUCAACACCUCAACUCGAAGAGGUGAGACUCCUGUACUUUGAUCAUAUCUUACCAUAAAUAGUUAUUAGACAGAUUUUUAUAAUUAGGCUCCACACAUAGUUCAUGUUUUGAUACUACAGCUGACAAUGAUACGUUAAUAACUACUUCACUGGAUAUUUUAGGCCAAUAGGAAACUGUCACAAUUAUUAAACUUCAAAAAGAUGGAGCGCCAGAUCCUUCAGCCGCGCGUCUUCCUCCACUCUUUACUACUCACAUUUCCCAUCUCCAAGGCUGCUGCGGUUCAGAAGGCAAAUUUAGUAAUCAGGACCAGGUAGAUGCUGUAUAGGUGCAGUCCAUCUACACCUUAGAUCAACAAAAUCCCAGUACUGUUUCUCCACAGGCUAUGUCACAAUCUCUCUCUCGCAGACUUACUCAUAUCUUAGGUUUGUUUUUCUCCUGGUUAACCCUCAAUCUCUUUGUUCAUCCUCCAGGCCCGUGAGCUACCCAGAGAACCACUACAGUCUGUCUCCUGUUGGGGGCGACAGAGUCCUGCCCUACAGGAACCCCUCAGCUAGCUUCUCCUCCCCCUCCUCAGGCCUGGUUGGUCUUGCCACCUUAGGGCCGCCUGGUAUCACACCAGGACCCUUUGUGCGCUACAAACCCUCACCUGACAGGUGUGUGUGUGUGUGUGUGUGUGUGUUCUUGUGCUCUCCUCGCUCCCUGAUCCACAUGUACAUUGUUACUCAUCAUCAUUUCUUGCGCUCGAGUCAGAUUGCAUCUUUUCUGGAGAUGAGCCGAAUACUGUGGUGCAUUCAGGUCUGAAUUUAGACGUGUAUGAACACUCUGUCUCCUAGAGGAAGGAUCUGUUGUGUGGGUGGCUCUUCCUCACAGUGUGGAGGUUGAUAACAUCUCACCCAACCAAGGAAUUUUCUUUUUUAUUCACCGCCAUCAGGAUACAAAACAAAAACACAAAUUCUCCUCUGCUCAGUCAAAUGUAAACAGUUCAUCCAAAGAGCUUUCUUUGUUGGGUUAUCUUUGUUUUCUGUCUUUGUUGUUUCGUGUUUUUCUGAUAGUACAUGUUUGUGUUUGUUUAUCUGUCCUCUGCCCCUCUGUGAUCUUUCUUUGUAGAUACGGACCAGGACAGCGCCCCCUGCUGCCCUAUGAACCCCACCUCAGUGUGGACAUCACCUCCAGUGGAGAGUCUUCCUCAGGCUUUACUAGUCAGGAGAGCACUAUGGAGCGCUGCAAAACAGGUACAUCAGCCUGGAAUUACUGACCACUAGUUGCUUUUUUCAAGUUGUGUGUAACAAGGAGUUUACAGGCUGCAUUACUCAGAAGUAUGUCUAAUUUAGAUGGUCAGUGAUUCUGCGAUUUUAGCCCCUCGCAGCUGCUGUUAAAAAAACUUUGUACAUGACCUUAUCACAGGGCUCCUACACAGUUGGAAUUUCCAUACUUUUCCAUACCCUACUUUUUUGAAAUAUGUUUGGAAAUACCUAUUUUUCUAUUUCAGAAAACAGUAUUUUAGAACUGUGGUAAUAGUCUGGAAACAUAAAUAUAAAUACUAUGGAAGACCUGGAAAUUGAUCAAAUUUAUUUCCAUACUUUUUCAUACUUUCCAUAAUAGCGUAGGAACCCUGUUAUCAGCAGUUGACAGAAAAGUUUGAGAUUAUUUAGUGAACAGUAUGAACCAUCAUUGUUACAAAGGGUCCCCUAUGGAGAUGAUAGGGAGCAAAACCGGAGCUGAAGGUGUGUCAGUUUUUAACUUAAAGUGAUCUAAUGUUCAAAUAUAUGAUCCAAUGAGAAUGACAAAGCAGCACUGGGCCUCAUUAAUAUCAAUAAAAGGCAACUUUUCAAGGAAAAACACUGAAAGUAUUUUAUUUUUAGGUUUGAGUUAAAGUCAAAGUUUUAAAAACAGCCACAGUCUUCGCAGCAUUUUCAGCGUGUGUGUGCUGCACAGUGGAAUAAAGACAACACAGUGAUUUUUGUGCGUUGCUUGGUGGGUUGAGGUCAGUGUUUAAAUGUGCCAUAAGUAUUUAAUCCUCUUCGCCGACCAUGGAGGUUCAGUGUAAUUUGCUUUAAUCCUCAGAGUGUCUGUGUGUGUUUCUGUCUAGAGCCCCUCUGGCAUGUCCCAGCGUCAUCCUCUCGAGGUCCGGGUGGCGGAGGGGGGCAGAGAAGGCUGACCAGACAGGAUGUCCCGGGGAAAGACUCUCCAAACAGACACUCGAAGGUCAGUAUUGUCAGCACCUCGUGUGAACUGUUAACGGUCUUGUUUCCUCUUUUCUCUGAGUCGACAUCUUGCUCUCUUGUCCUCUGCAGGGGGAGACUCAGUACUCAAGCCACUCCAGCAGCAACACUCUGUCCAGCAACGCCUCCAGCAGCCACAGCGACGAGCGCUGGUUUGACGGAGGACCCGGAGGAGAGCGAGGAGGAGGAGGUUGCCUUAUCGACUCGGCUGACCCUGACCCCGACCUUCUGAACAAAGGGGGGUCUAACGACAGCGGCAUCGACGCCUCAACCCACUACAACAACUCCCGCCACGGAAACGUGUCAAACAGCCAGUCACACAAGCCCGUGCACUCAUUCGCAACGUACAGCGGCAUGCAGGAGUUGUCGGUAGGAAGGAGCAGCGGCGAGAGAGAGGGGAGGAGAAGGGAGUCUUCGCCGAUUAUUCCACCGGCGGCCAAUCAGAACAAAGGGUACCUGACGAGGACUUUCCCACCUCCUGGCUCCAGCACUGAAAAAAUGGACGCUUUCAAACCCAGGUAAGAGAUCAUGAGAUGCAAAAUAACUCAUAUUAAGUGGCAGACCAGAUUCAGCUCAUUCACAGGGGGAGCAUUUCAUGUAUAUAUCUUCCACUUUAAUGCUGCCUUGAUAAAGUUUUGGAUAAUCUUUAGCGAAAGAUUCACCCGGCAGAAGAUAGUCUCCAGCUCCACAUCCUACUAAGACUAUAGUUUGAUGCAUAGGAAGGUAUCUAAAUGGGGAGGAGGGGGGGAUUAAAGCAGCCUUAAUCCGUGUGAAACAUACAGAUCAUCAUGUGAUCUCCUCUACUGGAGGACAUGUCACCACCACCCCCCAUUUUAAUAGAUACCGAUGCAAGAAGCACACACGGAGUUUUAACCAGCCUGUGCUGGAUUAGAGCAAUCUGUAUCAAAGCCCAGAGUACCGUAGACUGCUGCUGCCUGUGCAGGAGGAGGGUUGGACAGAGACAUAGACUUGUAGCAGGAAACUGUAGGACAGAAGACGAUCUAUCACAGGUAUUGUACACAGAUGGAGCUGUCACUGUGGAUGUGGAUGAGAUGAUUUGUGGUGCAUGAAAAUAUUUCUGGUUGCUUGUUAGAAGAUGAUAAUUGAAAAAAAUGCAUUCUCUUUACCUUUUAUUAUUGUUAGUGUUGUUUUAACAGUCAAUGCACAGAAUUUGCUAUGUAAGACCAUCUCCUAAUCAAUAAAGAUUAGUCGAGGAAAUGUUUGCUUGAAGAAUAAACUCAGCUAACACACAGCAUCAAAAAUCGGGGAAUAUGUUUAUUCAGUGCCAAUGAGGAGAUCAAUAACAAUCUCAUGUUAGCGCGAUGCUCAGACCAGCUGGUGACUAGCUUAGCUGAGGAUAAAGCUCUGUCCAAAUGUUACAAAACAUGCUCUUCUAGCUCCACAACUUCUCAUCAGUUAAAGCACUGACGAUGAGAUGCUGUUAGGCUGAUUGCAUGUUUCAAAAAGCAUUUCCUUUGAUUCCUUUAAUUUUCAAGAAUAAACCAUUUCAAUGCACAUCCCUGUAGAAAUAGUAAAUCUCUCUUAUCUGAAAUUAGCUCAUGAAAAAGCACGUCUCAGACUUUGCCUCAAAUAUGUGAAAUGAUAUGAAGAGUUCCCUCCUGCACAGCUCCUGGUCUCUGUGUUUAGGUUUUUCAUGACCUGUCAGAGUAACCCACCUUCAGCCAUCGACUACCUUACCACCUUUUCCUGAUUAAAACUAUAACACACCCACAUACUUGGCUACCUGUGUCACAUCAGCUGUCCUACAUGUUAUCGUUUCACCAGAAAUGAUGUUUAAUUUGAUGCUCAUAUUCUUAUGUAUCUUGUCCUGUUCCAGGGCCUUCACACCGCAGGGUUACAAGACCCCAACAGCAGAAAAGGCUCGGCCCAUUCGAGCAGCUACUACAACACCAACUUCAGCUCAGCUGGGCUCCACCCCUCUGUCAAGUUCCGCCCCCAAGUCCUCUUACAUGAAGAGCAGACCGACUGCCUGGCAGGGUGACGACAACAGCUCGUCUCCUUCAAACACGACCACGACAUCGAGCUCAGACAGCAACAACAGCAAGAAGUGAGUGUCUGAUUUGAAGGCUCACCUCUCAUUCGCAAACAAAGCCGAGGUCGAAUUAGCUUUUAAAUUUCAACAAAAGGAUAGACUGAGACAUCUCAAGUGCUCUCAUACGAUUCCUUUCAAAGUACCUUUAAAACUCAACCUCAAAUCCAGCAGAUAAACUCAUGACAACAUAAAGCCAUCAAGAAAAUCUCUGAAGUGAAGUUAGCUUUUUUAGGCCUUUCUAAACAAGGAAUACAAACUACAAAAUGACUUUAUUGGUUAUUUAGGACAUAAGUUAGGAAGUCUUGGUAAAUUUGGCCCUAAAGAUGGAGUCUGUGACUUUUCUGACUUUAUGCUCAUAUUUUCUAUCUUCAGGCAGGUGGAUAUGAACUCAAAGAACGUGUUUGGACAACCUCGACUUCGAGCGUCUCUAAGGGACCUGCGCUCUCCUCGACGGACAUACAAAAGCACCAUCGAGGACGACCUGAAGAAGCUGAUCAUCAUGGACAAUCCAGGAGAGUCACCGCCAAGAGAUCCGGUGAGGAAAACACCAAUAUCUGCAAACCAUUUCCAUACGGCUUCAGUCAACAGUCCUCAUGCCAUUACUUCAUCUGAUCUCUGUCACUUCUUCUACCUGUAGUCUCCCAGACGGACCUUGCAGCGCACCUUUUCAGACGAGUCGCUGUGCAGUGGGCGCCGAGAGGCGAGCUUCGCCAACUCUGAGAGCCAGACGGCUCCCACUGAUGUACUGUUCACCUGCACGCUGCCAACUCGCAGACACGGCGCCUCCUCCAAUCACAUGCAGAACAAGAAGAGUGAGUUCAAAGUCCAGACACUGCUCUGAUUUCAGCUGCCAAGUUUUAUCGUCAGUAUUCGAGAUCGUCAUUCCCAUUUAUUAACUAGACUCAUGACUUGCUGCCCUCUCCUGUCUUUCAGUGCCUCUGUCAGCCUCUGAGCUUUCCCUCACUGAAGUCCGAGACAAAGUUCCUCCUCUGAGGAGGCUGGAUCCAGGACUGAUGCCUCUUCCUGACACAGCAUGUGGGCUGGAGUGGUCCAGCCUUGUCAGUGCAGCUAAAGCCUAUGAAGGUGAGGGGGGAGACUCUUUGGGAUUUAGCUUGAUGGACGACAAAUGAUAAAUAAUUAACAGUCGGGCCAAAGAAAGUAGUCUAGAAAAUUCAAGAAAUGCGAGGACAGGAUACAACACAAAAGUAAACAGAAUAGAGGUGAUAAAAAUGGAUCUUCAUUGGCAGUGGAUUAAUAAAUAAUAGCAAAAAUAAAGAGAUCAUGAGAUUUUAAAAGCACUAAAGAAAAAUGGGGAUGCUUUUUAAUCAACCAGUUUGAAACGUUGAGCGAGAUUGUAGAAUCUGGUUCACCCUGUCCCAGUCCCUUCUGUCACUUGAUACUCCUGGGAACGAAAGUGAGAUCUUGUUGUUCAUCCAAGCCUCAUACAGCUCUACAAAGACCACCACAGCACAGGCAAACACUCUGCCAACACUUGAUCCAUGGCUCCACCAGCUGCCAGGUCCUCCUGUGUGGAAGCAUGAUUGUGUCCCGAACCUCAAGAGACACCUGAGUUUAAAAAAAGUCUUUUCUCGGCUGCGUUUUGAAAAGUUCCUUUAUGUGACUCUCUUGCAGCACAAAGAGCAGUUUCCCUCUUCUCGCUGAACGAGCCUCAGGUCGGAGGCCCAGACAUGAGACCCGUCAUCAGUCCGGUCCAGUUUCACACUCCUCAGACGCCGCGGACCACGCCCACCUUCAGCUGGUGUGUAACAACGCCAGUUUUUGUUCCAAAGUAGUUCAGUCAGAGAAAAACUUCAUUAUUGUUUCCUGUUUUCUCUUGAAUUUACCACCACUGCCCCCUUGUGGUAGUAAAGUUUAUAAACAGUUUUCAAACUGAUCCUGUUAUUUGCGAAUUCAUCUCUGCUGUGUGUGUUUACAGCGAUGAGGUACCCAACGAUUUAUCUGGUCGACUCUACCACCUGGAGGUGAUGCUCAAACAGCUCAAUAAUGACUUGGAGAGGGUGAGAAGUACUAACUCUGUCAGAUUAACUCUUAAAAUAUAGACAGCGACAUCUGUCAUUUGUCACUUAUAGGCAGAGAAAUGUAAAGUAAGAGUUUAUCCAUGUUAAAGUCACACUCAUAUCAUCAUACCUGUUUUUCUCACCUCAUUUCGCCGUCUUCCUCCCACCAGGAGAAGCAGGAUAAAGUCGUCCUGCUGGCAGAGAUGGCCAACCUGAGAGAGAACAACCAGCGGCUGCAGGAGGAGAGCCUGACAGCCAGCGAGCAGCUCCGAAAGUUUAGCCGUCUUUUCACCAACAUCAAGACUGACAGCGACCACGAGGCUCACUCCUUAACACACGAUCAUGACUCACAGAGGGAGUGA